AAGAUAAAGAAAGUGUGUCUGUGAGCGCUUCACUCGUCUUUGUUAAGAGACCGUUCCUCCCCACCCCCUUUUUCCUGUUUCCUCUGCUGUGGCGGAAGUAACUCGUAUCGCCGAGGCCUCAUCCUUCCAAUGGCGACUGAAAACAGGCUGAAUAGAAAGCGGGAGCAACCGUGGAGGGGGGUCAGAGCUGUGUAACCGAAAUUAAAUAAAUAUAUCCUACUCGCCGUAGUCAUAAAGUUAGUCUAAAAAUUUGUUUCACCCCACCAAAUCACGGCCGGUUCAAUGGCCAAAAAUCGGAACAUUUCGCUCCUUGAGUCGGAGCUCUAUUACUUGAUCUCUCGUUUUCUAACAACGGGUCCAUGUCGGAGAGCGGCUGAGGUCCUGGCCAGCGAACUAGAGGAAUAUCAGCUUUUACCCAAGAGAUUGGACUGGCAGGGAAACGAGCACCCGAGGACAUACGAGGAUCUGGUUGCAGCCAAUAAACAUAUUGCACCAGAUCAUUUGCUCCAGAUAUGUAAGCAGAUUGGACCACUUCUUGACAGAGAGGUGCCAUCAUGUGUCCCAGGUGUCCAUUCUCUCCUGGGGUCUGGGAAGCAGUCAAUGCUUCGGAGUGCAAAAGACCGCGACUGUGUCCGGUUGAAAGCUUCAUCAUAUGCAGCCCUUCACAGGGGCAGACCACCAGAGAGGCCUUUGAAUUGCAAGAACCCUCCACAGCUAGUGGAGAUUUACAGAGGGAGAGAGCUAACAGGAACUCAGCGCUUCACCUCCAUCAAUCCUGUCAGCAACUAUCAGCACAUGCGACUGCACAGGCGGAUCCUGGGGCAUCUGUCUGCAGUGUACUGUAUUGCAUUUGAUCGCACCGGUCUCAGGAUCUUCACUGGCUCAGAUGACUGUUUGGUGAAGAUAUGGUCCUCUUUUGAUGGAAGGCUUCAUUCGACACUGCGAGGACACUCUGCAGAGAUCACAGACUUGGCGGUCAGUUAUGAAAACACACUAAUUGCCGCAGGCAGUUGUGACAAGACCAUCCGUGUAUGGUGCCUUCGUACCUGCGCCCCUGUGGCUGUGCUGCAGGGGCACAGUGGAUCCAUUACCUCCCUUCAGUUCUCACCGUUUGCCAAGGGCUCAAAACGUUACAUGCUGUCCACUGGAACUGAUGCUACUGUCUGCUUCUGGCAGUGGGAUGUCAAUAACAUCAACUUUGGUGAUCGGCCACACAAGUUUACCGAGAGACCAAGGCCAGGAGUCCAAACUGUGUGCUCCUCAUUCAGUCCAGGUGGUAUGUUCUUAGCAACAGGAAGUACUGAUGAUGUCAUCAGGAUAUAUUACUUGGGAUGUGGGAACCCAGAAAAGAUUUCGGAGCUCCAUGACCACACGGACAAAGUCGAUAGCAUCCAAUUUUGCCACUCAGGAGAAAGGUUUGUGAGUGGAAGUCGGGAUGGAACGGCUCGGAUCUGGAGGCUCCAUCAGCGCCAGCAGUGGAGGUGCAUCUUGCUCAACAUGUCUGCCACUCUUCCAGGUGCUGAACCAACGACUGAAGAGGAAAGCUACUUCAAACCCAUCGUCACCAUGGUGGCGUGGGAUCGCCAUGACAAUACAGUCAUCACAGCCGUUAACAACCAUCUCCUCAAAGUGUGGAACUCCUACACAGGACAGCUGCUACAUAUCCUAAAAGGCCAUGAGGCUGAGGUGUUUGUCCUGGAGCCACACCCUUUUGACCCAAGGAUCAUUCUUUCUGCUGGCCAUGAUGGGAAUGUUUUCAUAUGGGAUCUGCUGCGAGGGACAAACACACAGCACUACUUCAACAUGAUUGAGGGCCAGGGUCAUGGAGCCGUUUUUGACUGCAAGUUCACCCCUGAUGGCCAGCGCUUCGCCUGCACAGACUCCCACGGCCAUCUGCUCAUCUUUGGCUUUGGCAGUUCCAAGCCUUAUGAAAAGCUUCCAGACCAGGUGUUCUUCCACACGGACUACCGACCACUGAUCCGGGACGCCAACGGCUUUGUACUGGAUGAACAGACACAACAGGCACCCCAUCUCAUGCCCCCACCCUUCUUGGUGGACGUGGACGGGAACCCCCAUCCACCUAGGUACCAGAGGCUUGUCCCAGGGCGGGAGAACAUUGCAGCUGAGCACCUGGUUCCCCAGCUGGGAUACGUAGCCACCAGUGAUGGUGAGGUGGUGGAGCAGGUCAUCAGCCAGCAGACUGCAGAGCACGAGGAGGUGACGGUGAGACGCAGCAGUGUUCUGGACGAGGCCAUCCGGCAGCUCCAGCAGCAGCAGGACCGCCAGAACCAAGCCGGGGCUCAGGCAGCACAGGGUGCGGGACCAGGAGGGCAAGCAGAGGCCCAGGACCCAGUUUCAGCCCCGGUCCUGGCACCAAGCACACCACGCAGAGUGUCAGUGAAUGAUCGAGCGGAGGUGCAGUCACCCCCUAAUGUGGGUCUGCGUCGCAGCGGACAAGUGGAGGGCGUCCGGCAGAUGCACCAGAAUGCUCCUCGCAGCCAGAUGGCCACUGAGAGAGACCUCCAGGCCUGGAGACGCAGGGUGGUAGUGCCUGAACUCCCAAUCAGCACGUACAGGGACCAGGAGGAAUUUCGGGCCUUUAAAGGAGAGGAGGAGAUCACUCUGUACAAUUCGAAAAAGAGAAGUGUUAUCUACAGCAGCUGUCGAGAUGAUUCAGACGACGAGCUCCCCUCUGUGAAGCGAGCGCAGGCCCGCAAGAGGCAGAGGCACGAAGCUCUGUUUGGCUCCCAGAGCAGUGACGGGCUGGAGUUCAUCGACUUGUCGUGUGAAGAAGGAGAAGAGACGGCAACCUCAGAGGACAAUGAAUUGGAUGGCAGUGAACUGGACUCUUCCAACGAUGAGGAGGAAUGGAGGAGUGACAGCUCAAGCCACACGUCCAGCGAGUACUCCGACUGGACUGCAGAUGCUGGCAUCAACCUGCAGCCCUCUACCCCCUUGUCGUCACGGAAACGGGCACGGCGCCGGAUCAGCAGCUCAGAGGAGGAGGAGGAGGAGAACGAGGAAGAGGAGGAGAAGCAGCAGAGUGAUGAGGAGGAAAAACCUGGAGCGAAAAGCAAACAGAAGGCAAAGAAAGCAAAAAGCAGGACGCCCAAGCGACCGAAGGCCAGGCCGCCUGUCAAUAGAGAGGUGUCCAAUGAAUUCCGACCCUCGCCAUGGAUCACUGAUGUCAUUCCCAGGAAGUCUCCUUUUGUUCCCCAAAUGGGUGACGAGGUGAUCUACUUCCGGCAGGGCCAUGAAGCCUACGUUGAGGCAGUGAGCAGGAGUGAACUGUAUCCCAUCAACCUGGACAAACAGCCCUGGAAGAAGAUGGAGCUACGGGACCAAGAGUUUGUGAAGAUCACUGGGAUCAAAUAUGAAGUGUGCCCUCCGACACUGUGCUGUCUGAAACUGACUCUUAUUGACCACGGCACGGGCAAAAUCAGCGACAAGUCCUUCUCUGUCAAAUAUCAUGACAUGCCGGAUGUGAUCGAUUUCUUGGUGCUGAGGCAAAAUUACGAUGAGGCACUUCGUCGAAACUGGCAACCAAAUGACAGGUUCCGAUCGGUGAUAGAUGACGCCUGGUGGUUUGGGACCAUCAUCUGUCAGGAGCCCUAUCAGUCCGAAUACCCCGAUAGUCAUUUCCAGUGCUUUAAAGUCAGAUGGGACAAUGGGGAAACUGAGAAGCUGAGUCCUUGGGAUGUAGAGGCUAUCCCAGAUGAUGCCCAGCAGCCAGACACGGAAGGAGGGGGCAUCCCAGUGACGGCAGAGGAGAUGCGUGAACUGAUGUACAAGCCGCUGCCAGGAGAGUGGGGGGAGAGGAGCAGGGACGAGGAGUGUGAGCGCAUCAUCGGCGGCAUCGACCAGCUCAUCACUGUCGAGAUUGCAGCUCCCUUCUCUGGUCCCGUGGACAUCGUCCAGUAUCCCACCUACUGCAGUGUGAUUGCUUACCCAACAGACCUGGGCACCAUCAGACUUCGACUCAUCCACAGGUUUUACCGGCGCUUGUCAGCAUUAAUUUGGGAUGCCAGGUACAUUGCACACAACGCCCGGACUUUCAACGAGCCAAGGAGCAAAAUCGCCCACUCGUCAAAAAUCAUCACGAAUGUCCUCCAAAAGUUUGUCAAUAAUCCAAGCUGCACAGAUAUCAUGGAGAUUUACAAUGCUGUUGAAGAGAUGGAUGAUGAAGAUGAUGAGGAUGAAGAUACAGAGGCUCCUGGUACCUCCUCUGGACACAGACUGCGUCAGCACUCGGUGGAGGUGUUGCCAGACAGAGAUGCCUGGAAGGACCAGUGCAAGAGUCUGCUUAACUACAUAUUUGAGUGUGAGGACUCAGAGCCCUUCAGACGGCCCGUGGAUCCAGCCAACUAUCCUGAUUAUCAUGACAUCAUUGAUACACCAAUGGACUUUGGCACAGUGAAGAAGACCCUGGAAGAAGACCGCUAUGAGAACCCCGUAGAGCUGUGUAAAGAUACCCGUCUAAUCUUUGCUAAUGCUAAAGCCUACACUCCCAACAAACGCUCCAAGAUUUACAGUAUGACUUUGCGGCUCUCUGCCUUCUUUGAGGAGCAAAUCCGAACAAUCAUAUCUGAGUAUAAAACUGCUGUCAAGAGCAGCGAGAGGCUUCGCCGCAGCCAGAGGUUCAGAAAGAAAAUGGAUCAGCCAGCCCCCGGCAUGAACACAGCAAUGAGUCAAAAGAAGACUGCUGUCAAAACUCAGGAAAAAGUGGAGUCAAUGUCGGUGACCAAAUCUACCUCAGCCAAAGUGUCUGUUCCUGAGAGGGUCACGAGGAGUCGAAGCAGCAGGUCAGGCCACAGCUCCUCUGAGGGCGACUCGGCCUCCAAAGCUGCCUCUUCAACACCAGAGUCUGAGAGUGAGAGUGAGCUGCCACUGACUGAAUCAGAGGAGGAGAAACGCCCAGGUACCACAAGGCACCAUCGAAGCAGAGAGACUAGAGGGAAAGCAAGGGUUAAAAGAAAUGCUGGAGCCAAGAAGAGAAAAAAAGUUGCAGAGAGUGACAGCGAAGAGGAGGAGGAAGACGAAGACGAGGAAGAGGAGGAAUUGUCCAGUGAAGGCGAAGAGAGUGAAGAUGGACAGGGGUCCUCCCACACCUCGUGUCGUCGCUACCCCAGCAGGACUAACCCCGGCAGGAGCACUCGACUGACUAGGAACAGUGCAGCCGCAGACAGGAAACGGACAGAGAGCAGAGCUCAAGUGAACGGUCACAGUAGCAGGUCAUCUCGUCGGGACAAGCGACGCCAUUCGGACUCUGACAGAGACAUGUCCGAGGGCUCUGACCGGGAGGAGGAGGAAGAAGAGGAAACGAUGGGUCGCAGGUCGCUGAAGAGAAAGACAGCCAGGGCAGCUGUCAACAAGAUGAAACUCCUAGAAGCAUCCGAUGAAGAUGACGACGAUGAUGGCGAGGAGAAUAAGCCAACGAGGAGCAGCAGCCGCCUUCGCCAUGCCACCAGGGCCAGCAAACGCACUGCGGUGAUCCAGAGCAGCUCAGAUUCUGACGAAGACUCAUCAGCACAGGCUUCCCAGAACACAAAGGAGUCUGCUGGUGAAUCUCAGGAUGAGGACAGCAAUGAGAAUGAUGCCUCAUCGUCCCACCAGCAACAGCAGAAUGGAGACAAGAGCUCCAGCAGACACAGAACAAGAGACACUACCAAGACUAAGGGAAAGGAUGUUUUGUCCCAUGUGAACGGACAUAGCGCAAAACAUCCCAAGUCCGAUAGUAAAUCUGAGGAAGAGGAGGCUGCAGAGGACAGUUCUGCAGAAGAGGUGAAGACUGAAGAGGACAAGGCUGCUGUGUGUCAGAAGCCCUCAAGGAGCGCAGGGACUGCUCCAGCUGGGAAAAACAGGAUUGCUCUGAAUGCAAGCGAAGAGGACGAGGAGGAGGAAGAGGAGGUAGAGGACACUGUAUGCAGAACCGCACGCCGCAAACCUCCCAUCAGCUCAGAUGAAGAGGACAAAGACCGCAAUGCCCAGAAGCACCCACACCAAAAUGGGAGAAAGUUGGAGAAAGAAUUCCGCAAAGACUCCGGGAAAAAGAGUUCAGUUCCAUCAUCCAAAAGCCAAGAUCAACAAACAUCUGCCUCGGCUAACAACGUGGAGGGCACAGAAUCAGAGGAACUCAGUGACGCUCCAAAGAGAUUUAACUUGCGCAAGAAAGGACUGAAAACAAAAGAUGAGGAACACGAAGAAAAUAGCUAUCACUCUGAUGAGGAGUCUGAAGCUGAAACACAGAAAAAGAGGCCGACGCGAAACAAGAGCAAACCUAAACGGCCUCGUGGUGCCACCUCUGCCUCAGAGAGCUCAGAGGUGGAAUUCAAACCGAAGAAGAGGUCAAGGAGGAAGCAGUCUACUGGGUCGUCCGACGAAGAAUCUGAUAAGUCGGAUCACAACACAUCAGACAGGCGGUCACGCCUCCGAGCCCUACCAAAAAAGAAAUACGUGAGUGACAACUCUUUUUCUGAGGAGGACUCUGCAUCUGAAAGUCGGGGGAAGCACAGGAACGGUAGCUGCAAAGAUGCUGUCACCUCUGGCGAAGACAGGCAUAAGCGGGGGUCUAGAAGAGCUUCUCCCAGCGGAAACAAGCAACAGCUGUCUUCCAAGAGAAAACGUAUAUACACCUCUGACUCUGAAGACAGGGGGGAGGGGGGCGGAGAGAACGAGUCGGUGCCCAAGAGUAAUAAAAAUAGCAAAGAGACUAACAAAAAGUCAGGCUCCUCCAAGCGCCUCAAAAGGGAAUCUCAUUGCAAGUCCAAACUGGAGGAUGGUGACAGCAAGGAGGACACCUCUUCUCAAGCUUGCUCAGACGAGGAGGAGGACAAUGCCGGACGUUCGAGGAGGGGGAAGAAGGACGCGAGGCGACCAAAACAGAAACGAAAGGAAAGCUACAGCAGUAGCAAUCACAGCUCUGUCUCAGAAAGCGAGCAGUCGUCUUCAGCCUCUGAAAACUCAUUUGCCAGCUCAGGGUCACACAGCAGUCCAAAGAGGAGGGGUCACAAACGAUGGUCCAGGACCGGCGAAAGGACUGCUGCCCGCCGGUCGAGGCAGCGACCCCGGCGGGCCGCCUCAGAGGAAGCAGACAGUGAUGAGUCAUACAGCAAACGGCAGCGAAACACACGCGUGAACACCCGGAACCGGGGUAAACGGACAGUAAUGUACAACGAUAGUGAAUGAAGGACUUAGCAGCUUGGAAGUACAGGCUUUGGAGGAGAGAGAGAGACAUUAACUGGAGACCUUGAAGACACUUGAUGGCCACGUUAUGGUAGUAGCACUGGAGUCCUCAAGAGAAAAUGCUGUGAAUCUGUUUCAUUCAGGGAUAUUUAUAUUUUCUAUGAAAAAAAAAACAUGUUUAUAGAUAUAAUACAAAUUCAAGCAUUUGAACUGCUGGUUUUCACAAGGAUAAAGAGCAAAACACCUCCUCCCAUACUGCUUGUUGUGAUUUGGCCAGCAGAGUAACCAUUCUGGGGAAUAUUGUCAGCUUGGGUGCUAUCUAAUAUACCUCUGUUUAAUCAAGCAUAUUGCUGGCUUGCACUAAGAAACACUGUAAUGAGGUAUUUCAUACACUAGUUUUGCAUUAGAAACUCAGGGGUCAACUAAGUUUACUGUAGUCUCAGACAUGCAGUUGUUUUUUGUAAAGUUAAGAGCUAGGGAAAGGACAAGAAACAAUUCCAGGAUGGCAGAUGUCCAAGCACACUCACUGGGACAGAACUAAUCCAUGUUCACAAUCUUUUUGACUACAGCACUCCUUUGUAAAUCCACACAAUUUAUGCUUGACUGUAUUGUGAGUUGAAAUGAGCCAAAUUGUACAAAUAUGAAUUCCUUUGCCCCUCUUUUCUUUAUUUUUUUUUCUUUUUUUGAUUUUUGAAAACUUUUGUGUUGUAUUCUAGUCAAUAGAUGUAAAUAUGUGAUUGAGAAUGGAAUCGUCUGAAAGGUUUAUGACGAUCAUUCAGUAGCAAAGUGUUUAUUUAAAUUUGAGCAUUAACUUCUUUUUUUUUUUGUAUGAUGUUUAACUGUGUUGUCUUGCCAUAUGUCACAAAUGGGUACUUUUUUUUUUGCCAAGUACAAGAAACCAAAAAGUACUUAUUGCAAAAUACUGUGAUUUCUCAUAUUGGGAAGACAUUUUACUGUUGCCCUGUGUUAUCUACUUUCAGUAUUGAAUUCCUUUACAGAGUUAAACAUUUUUGCCAGUCACAUGGUUUAGUUUUGUUUGUUUAGGGGAGGUUUCUAAAUACAGUCAUAUAAGAAAUUUUGCUUAAUGUCUUUCGUACUACACCUUUAAUAAUAAACAGAUUUCACAGGAAAAAUUAUAACUCAAUGUGGUUUUGGAGUGCAAUGAAUGGGUUAUUCCUCUUAUUAAUAAACACAUCGUUUCAAGGUUUA